AUGACAGUAGAUGUUGAGUCCGACUACGAUGAUCGUGAUGAACCAGAAAACGGUCGCACAACACCACCGUUGCGGAAUGAUUGUGAUUUCUACGCAAUAUACGAAUCUAAAGAGGUACUGGGACGGGGAUUGGCGUCCACUGUUCGGAAGUGCGUUGAGAAAGCCACUGGACAAGUGUAUGCAGUUAAAGUAGUCGACAUUUCAACGGAAAAACAGUCGGAAGUGAGCUGGUGA